AUGGCUAAAAUUCCAGAGGCGUUGUUGCUACACGAGCGGGAGCACGAGGAGCUGGGGGGACGGGAGGAAAUUGCAGCACCUGAGGAGUCGGCGGCUGAUGCAGCUGAGGCUGAGGUAGCGGGAAUGGGUUCGGUGGGGGCUGCUGAGGCUGCUGAGUCUGAGGUGGUGCCACUGGCUAAGAUGGAGGCAGUCGUUGUGGCUGGGGUGACGUCGACGGUGAGGGAGGCGACAACUGUGCCGGAGAUGGUGGGAGAAGGGACUGCUGCUGUGACUGCUGCCGCCUCUGACGACGGCUUAGCCUAUGCGUCGCCGCUACCAGGGGAGCACGGCCGGGCUGGGGAGGAGUCAUGGAAUGCGUGGGGAGAUUCGCCGUCACUGCUCGGGGUGGCGGAGAUUGCGGCGGUCGUGGCUGAGGCAGUGAGGCGACCGGAGGGACCCCCGAGUGAAGAGGCUGCGCCGACCGCCACUGCGUCUGCCGGAACGACUGCUGUUGCCGCGGCCGCAAGUAAGCAGGGGCGCGCCUAG